AUGUCAGCAAAAAGGGCAAGCAAGAGAGACGCCGAUUCAUCGGACGAAGAAUCUUCGGAGGAUGAGGAAGACUUCACGGGGCCAGCACCCGCCGCAGAUGGAGGCGUCCAUCAAGGGCGACCCGGUGCCCCCUCAAUAGAGCAACUGAAGCGAGAGAAGCGCUUGGCUAUGAACCGAGAAUCAGCCAGAGCCAGACGAAGACGUAAGAAAUAUCGUUUGGAAACAUUGGAGCAGCGGGCAGAGGACCUUAGCCAACGCCACCACAACUUGGUUCUAGCAAACCAAGGGUUGAAGGCACGGGUUGCCCAACUGGAAGGUGAACUAGCGGCUUCCAGGCCAGGCGGCACAGGGAUUGGAGUCCUCGCUGGAGGCGCAGGAACAGGUGCAGGUAUGGUUGCUGGUGGCAGUGAUUCAGCUGGACGAGCUGCUUUUGGUGCUGCCACUGCCGGCUUGACGGCAGAGCAAAGGGCGUCUCUGGGCAUGGCUCACUUUGGAGCUUCAGCAUCGAGUUCUUCUUUGCCUUCUUCUUCUUUUGGAAUGGGAAGAGCGGGUUUGUCUGAUCAUGAAUUGCAGUUCCUGCAGAUGCAGCAGCUCAUGGCCCAGCAAGAGGACUCACUAUCCGGUGUUGGCAGCUCUGAAGGUGCUGGUGCCGGUGCCGGUGCUUCCUCGGCUGCUCGAUGGCUUGCAAUGCAAGAUUUACAAGCGCAAAUGGCUCGGACAGACCAAUUGGCGGCCCUCAGAGCAGGCAGUGGUGCUGGACUUGGAGGAGGUCAGGUAGGUGGAGAACUGGAUCGCCUCAACAUGCAGAUACCUGAUCUACGAAGACUGGAUGAGCUCAGCCGCAUACGAGCCUCAGAGGGAUUGCGAAACCCAUCUGUACUGGACAUGGCUCUUUCGCCGGCGGAUGCAGCGGCUAGGCGACUUGCACAGCAGCCGUUCGACGUUUCUGCCAUCGGCGAAUCUAGUUCAAGCGGCAUUGCGAAUCAACCCCAAGAUCCCAGCGGAAGAAGACGGGACUUCAAGUCUGACCUCUACGACAGGUUAGCAGAUACCAACAAGAAGUUUCCUCCUAGAGGGAGCUGA